AUGGCCAGCUCGCCGCCGGCCUCUCCUGGGAAUCAUUUGCCCCAAAGACCGAUGAGCGCAAUGGUGCGACCAUCACCGCGGAGUAACAGCCGUCUGAGCAUGACGAGCAAACAUGGCGGUGGAAGCAAAGCCUCUGACGACGAGUCCCGUACGGCCGUCAAAGUCGCCGUCCGUGUUCGACCGCCUCUGAAACCCACAGAUCCGGGCUACGAAUUGAUACCUCAACGAUUCCAACGAUCCAUGGUCCAAGUGACGUCGAAUACGAGCUUAGCAAUCGACUCACCGCAAGGAAGGAAACUCUUCGUAUUUGACCGCGUUUUCGGCUCUGAUGUUGAACAAGAGGGCAUUUGGGAUUACUUGCAGGAUUGCGUCGGCGCGUUCAUCCAGGGCUACAAUGUCUCGCUCUUGGCGUACGGCCAGUCAGGCGCUGGAAAGUCGUACACGAUGGGCACAUCAGGUCCUAUCGAGCAGGACGACCUCGAGGUGAUGGGCGUUAUUCCCAGAGCGGCGACGGCUUUGUUCGAAAAGCUCGACGGCCCGAAGAAACAAGCCAACCGUGGCUCCAUGUCUCAACUAAGAGCACCACACCGAUAUUCCGCCCAAACAUCUUCGACUUCGUCAGCUGACAGGACAUGGUCAUUGAAAGCAACAUACCUCGAGAUCUACAAUGAGCAGCUGCGCGAUCUUCUGCUUCCGGACCACGUUCCACAACAUGAGCGUGGCAACGUCACAAUUCGUGAAGAUGUCAAGGGGAAUAUCAUCCUGACCGGCCUGCGACAGGUCGAAAUCAACUCGGUUGAGGACCUCAUGAAUGCGUUGAAUUUCGGCUCGACCCUUCGACAGACAGAUGCGACGGCCAUUAACGCUAGGUCUUCCCGGUCCCACGCCGUAUUCAGUCUCAACUUGGUGCAGCGGAAGAGCGGCCUGCAGGGCUCAAAUGGGGCCGACAAGCGUUUCUCCGUGCCCAUCGAAGCUAUGACGGGAUCCGAGACCUGGGUUACCACAGACAGCAAACUCCAUUUUGUCGAUCUGGCGGGUAGUGAGCGGCUGAAAAACACAGGCGCACAGGGCGAGCGUGCCAAAGAAGGUAUCUCCAUCAACGGUGGCCUCGCUGCGCUCGGGAAGGUCAUUUCACAGCUUUCAUCACGACAGGCGGGAUCGCACGUUUCUUAUCGCGACUCCAAACUCACCCGUCUACUUCAAGACUCGCUAGGCGGAAAUGCCAUCACAUACAUGAUUGCUUGCGUUACGCCAGCUGAGUUCCACCUCAGCGAAACAUUAAACACCGUCCAAUAUGCACAGAGGGCCCGAGCCAUCCAAAGUAAGCCACGGAUCCAGCAGGUGGAGGAGGGUGACAAACAGGCCAUCAUUGAUCGUCUGAAGGCGGAGGUUGCCUUCCUACGGGAGCAAGUCCGCAGCGCGGAGCGAGGCGGGGGCGAGCGACGCAUCGCCUCCACGGGCGAGCGGUCCGAGCGACAGAAUGAGCGUGAAAGCGAACUGCAAAACCAGCUUCUGGACGUCCAAGAAAACUACACGACCCUGAGUCAACGUCACGCGAAGCUUAUUGCGGAAAUGGCUAAGGCCCGCGACAACGAAGCUGCCGAGAAUAACCAACACGAAGAGUCCAUGGGUGACACGGCGACAGAGAGACUGAAUCGAUCGAACUCAUUCGCCGCUGCCGUAGAACAAGUCGUGCUCGAAUACGAGAAGACAAUUCAAACUCUCGAGCAAUCGCUGUCUAGCACGCGCGGCACACUAGCCAACACCGAGGCGAAUCUGCUGGAAAAAGAGACCAAAUGCACGUACAUUGAAACAAUCAACACACAGCUACAAGCACGUUUGCAAAAACUCAUGGAUCGCGAAGCCAGCACCGAGAAUUACCUUCAUGACCUGGAGAACAAGCUGGAUGGCCACACCUCUGGGGAGGAAAAGAAUACGACCAUUAUUGUGGAACUCCGCAAGGAGAUCUCGCGGAUCAGAGAGAAUGAAGCUUCUUGCGAGGACUACAUCUCCACCUUGGAGGAGCGACUUGCCGAAGCCGACCAGGAUGCCGAGCUGAUGCAGCGCGAAAUUGAUCGACUAGAGCAGGUCAUUGAGCGCCAGCGCAGUCUCGGAAAGCUGGACUCGCUGCUCCACGAAUUGGAUCAUAUUCAAGGCGAUAGCAAAGUUCCGGAGCCAACUGUGGAGGCACCGAACGGUGUUGCGCGCCAGAUUGCUGACCACAGUCGUAGUCAGUCCCAGUCGCGUGUUAUUCGCAUGAGCCAGAACGAUAUCAUCCCUGAGAACGCGGAAGAAGAAGCGGCGGCGGCAGCUGAGGCAACGGAUCCUGUGCAAAACGGCGAUCAUGUCGAAAAUGGCACUGACGUCGCGACCCCUGAUGCGAAAGAGCACAAUCUCCAGGCCGAUCUCGACGACUACCCGCCUCAUAGUCCUGCUCAGUCCAAAUUUGUGCAUGACAAGCUGGAGAACGUCACGCAGGAGCUCAUCGACUUACGUGUAGAGCACGAGACCACGGUUAAUGAAUACGAUCUCUUGCACUCAAAGUACGAGGAAGCUUUGCGCACAUUGGCAGAGCUUCAGGACACCAUCGACGAGUCACGCCACCCCGAACGCAUGGUCCGAGACUCUAUGAUGUCUAUUACGUCUCCAAACCUGACCCGACCUCCCUCGUUCUUCUCUGAUGCCAGGUCGAGUGACAUCAAAGAUGGUGGCCAAUUCUCAUCACGCUCUCUUUCAUCAGAGCUUUCCUCGGCGAUGGAGUCUCCUGCUACCGUUGACCCGUCUGAUGCCGAGACGUCAGUCACUGCUAAGCCCGAGUCCGGCCCAGAACAUUUGUCUACGGAGGACCUCAUGCACCAGGAUCUGUUGGCAACGGAGGUCGAGAGAUUCAAGACUCUUGCCGCCGAGAAGGAAGAGGCAGAGAAAGAACUGGCGGAGAAGUACACACAGCUCGAACUGAAGCACCACGAAGCUCUAGACAUGCUCGAGGAGCUCAAGACCGAGGUUGCCCAAGCAAAGGCAUUGGAGGCAUCAUCACCACGAACUGGCCAACCAGUCAUCCGCCGCAAGUCCAGCCAAAAUGUCAUGAUUAUUGACCGAGCUCAUCGAUCGUUUGCCUCACUCCGCAACAUCGCCACAGACAACUUCGAGGGCCAGCCCGAUGUCAUGCAAAACUUCGAGCUCAACCUCAAUGCAGCCAUGCACGAGCUUCAUGCUCGCUCGGAGCGUAUUCAGGAGCUCGAGGCCGACAUUGCGUCCGCCAAGAAAGAGAUGGAGACUAAGAUGGCACUAAUCUCUGGGCUUACUCGCGAGCGAUCCAGUUUACAAGCUUCUCCGAUGGACAUGUCGAUGAUUUCCACUCUCAAGAAUCAGCUCGAAGCAAAUGAGAAGCAAAUGGAAGAAAUGAGAGAAAAUCACGAGGCUACCGAGAAGAAGCUCAUGGCCGAGCUUGAAACCUUGCGCACUACUGUGAAGGAGGCUCCUGCUAUGGGCUCUUCCCCGGAAGCUACUACCGAAGCUGUCAUGGCUACUGCUGCGGCCAGCGCUAUUGCCGACAUCCCCAUGGCAUCGACCGAGGUGAACAACUCUGAGACGAGAUCUUUACCGACCACAGAGGAGAACGACAAGAAGAUCACCGAGUUGCAAGCUGAAUUGACGGCAUGGGAGACGAAGCACCAGACCGCCCUCGACACUCUGCAGGAGACAGAAACAAAGAUGAAGAAGACCAUCGAGGAGCUUGAAUCUGAAAUCGUGGCGCUGAACACUCAGGCCUCAGUUCAUUCCACUGCUCGGAGUGCCGAGGAAGUCAAAGAAAUCGAGGAGAAGCACGAGACGCUUGUCAAGUCACUCCGUGACGAGAUUGACGAGCACAAGGUUGCCAUCAACACCAACGCCAACAAGGUCUCUGACCUCGAGGCAGCCCAUGCUGCCACUAAGACAGAGCUGGAUGAGGUUAUCAGGGCCCGUAACUUACACGAGACACAGGCGAAGACGCAGCAGAGUCUCAUUACAAACCUGGAGAACCAGAUCACAGCUCACGAGCAGGCUCUCAAGACACAUCAAGAUGGCAUGAAGUUGCUUCAGGAGAGCCACGCAAAGGAGCUUGAGGAGAUGAAGCAGAUGGAGCAAAAGGGAUACGAGGAGCAAGUUGCAGUUCUGCUCAACGAGCACGCGGAAAAUGUCAGAGCCCUCGAAUGCGAGCUCAAUGACGCCCGGGAAGAUCUCAUGAAGGUCGCUACACAAGUUGCGUUCGCUCUCGGUCUCGACGUCAGCAUCGAAAAGAUUACAGAGCGUAUCGACGACUUGACUGCGGAUCAGAAGGCUUUGGGCGAAGAGCAGAAGAAGUCGAGCGCGGCUGAGAAGCAAGUCGCCGAGCUGUCGAGCGUCAACGACAACUUGGUCAAGGAGCUGGAGCAAGCCAAAUCGACCCUGACGGAUCUCCUCACUGCCGAGGGCGAGCCUCUGAAGAGCCCUGCUCCUCUCCCCGACCAGCUGUCUGCUAUUCGUAAGAAGAUUACAGAUCUCCAGAGUCGGAACAAGAAGAAUUCCCGCCUCGUGGAGGAGCUCGAGGAUCAACUACAGAGCAACUUUGAUCAGGUUCAGAUGACCAACAACCGCCUGUCCACGCUGCAGACAGAGCGCAAUUCGCAAAUUGAAGAAGCCCAGGCUGCCAAGUUCAAGGCCGAAAGCGAGCUUGAUUCGCUCAAAGCCGAAUAUGCGGCUCUCCAGGCCAAGAUUGACGAGGCGUCUGCGUCUGGCCAAAUCCAACGAUCCAACUCGGUUAGCUCACCGCUGCGGAAGAGUGCUUCGGUUGCUUCUCUUCCCUCCCCGCCGCCGGCUAUCCCCUUGCCACCGCUGCCCGGAGCUUCGUCCGGUCCCAACGGCACGGUGCCGAGCACUCCUACUCAAGCAGGCCGGCCAGGCAGCAAAGACAACAUGGGCCCCACCAACCAAAUCCAGGAAGACCAGGAAGCUCGCAUCCGCACAAUUGAGAAGCAUCUCCAGGCCGAGAAGCAGCUCACCCAGACUCUGGAGGAGGCUCUCACGGAUCUCGAGCGCCAGUCGAACAAAGUCAAGGCCGACAGCGACGCUUGGCGCAAGCGCUGCGUGGAGUUGGAGUCCGAGGUCAAGGAGCUCAAAGAUCGUCCCGCGCCCACGCCCCAACCCGACAACCGAUGGAGCUUGCACGCUGUCGAAGAGGAACGCAAGAAGCGCCAGGCUGCCGAGGCGCAACAGCGUCUUCUGGAGGAGCGUAUGAAUGCAUUGUCCAAGAAGAAGAAGAAGGGCUCUCUCAACUGCUUCUAG